AUGGCCAAAGGGCCAACCACUCGUCAUGCUGAUUCUAAACCUAUGAAACCUCAAUUAGGCCCUUUACGGAAAUCUUCAGGUGGAGUACCAACAAUGUUAUCGUUAUCAAAUGCAAGUCUCAGUACACCAAUGACGACAUUCCUGACCGAUGAGAUAUCUGAUACAACUUCCUCAGUGCAUUCAUUUGCUAGUGAUUCAUCUUCAAGUGGUACAAAUAAUCAAAUAAGCCCUUCUACCCUGUCGUCGUCACUGUUCACCAAACGUUCCUACGAGCCUAUUUUCCGUAACAUCGCUAACUUGGAUGACCACUUUAAAUAUGUCCAUGAAAAACUUGAUUCCAUGGCCAUUCCAACGGCUAGUGUUAACUAUCAUAAUGACUAUGCAUACAUUUCUCCAGACUCGGUUCCUGGGUACACUUUAAUCAGUCAACUAGUUAUACAUGAAUCGCUGGAGUGCAUGUUACUGUAUCAUGCUAUUCACAACUUAACUGGUGAUAAAGUGAUACUUCGACUCUCCUCCAACAUUCUUGUGGUUAAUAAUAAUGAAGCAAAUAGUGAUAAUCACGUUGCACAAAACUCUAAUGUCGCAUCUAUAGCAGGGUUCCUAAAUGAAUGGUAUUUGCUAUCUAGAAGUAACGAACCAAAAUACAAGAGAGUAUGGUGUCACAAUUAUGCCAAAAGUGAGUACUUGGUUAACCCAGAAGAUGAUCCUGAUUAUGAAAAGAAUUCUUCAGAGUUUCAUGCAAGUGGUAUACCGAUAACGCUCCCUAGUAGUCUUCCAGGGGUGCUCUUCCCAAGUCAUUCUGCCGAUGCUCAGUUCAAUAUUCAACCUACUAACAAAUCAUUUGGUGGUAUGUCUAGAUCAUCAUCAAUUUGUUCAACUGAUGCUUCCGUGGGGUUGAAUACUUCACCCAGUGAACCAAUGUCUGAAGGAGGAACUAUUGAAGAUCAAGAUUCUUAUACAAGCACUCAUGAACCCCGCAUUAAACAUAAGCAACAAAAGAGAUUUAUGAUGGUGUAUCCUGAUAAUGAAUAUGUUACUAUAAAGUCAUAUAAUUAUGAAUCUGUUAUGCUUAAUGUUGAAGAUAAAACUACAACUUCAAGUGCAAAUGCGCUGUCUCUAAACCUUGGUCUGAUUCUGCUGCAAGUUCUGCUUGCUCACAGUCAACAACUCAACCCAUUUUUAUCCACCAAUGCUUGGCUCUUUAAUGACGAUAAACUGCAUCUGUCAGGUAGAAGUCUUUCCAUUCCUUCAUUACCAGAAAAUGGUACCACUUCUUACACUGACAACAUCUCCAGUCAUUCUUUAGAGAAAGCGCCACCAGUGUUAAGUCCUUAUGUAAUUAUUGAGAUGUUGAAUGAUUUCAUUUCCAUCUGUCAAACCUUAAAGGCGAUCCAUGAAUUAGGAAUUGUUCAUAAUGGCAUAACAAGUCAUAGUAUUCUUAAAUCUACUAUUGACCCUUCCGAUAUCAAGUUGACUACAUGGGAUUUCUCCUUCACCUACCAACCAGAAUCUACUAAGAAUGGGUUCCGCAUCAAACACCUUAAAGAAUUCCCAGAUCUGGUGGCAUAUAUGUCACCUGAAACAUAUGGUAAAUUAGCAUCAGACUUAGUGGAUUACAAAUCGGAUUUAUAUUCCCUUGGGAUUGUCAUGUAUGAAAAGCUUUUAGGGAAACUACCUUUUUAUGAUGAUAACGCAUUUGAAAUUGUAAGAUUGCAAAUGUUGAGGAAACCUGUUGCUCCAAAGACAUUGGCUCCAAAUUGGUUCCCAAGUAAGUUGAAUUUUAUCAUAUUGAAAUUAUUAGAGAAAGUUCCUGAAAAACGGUAUCUGUCAGCUGCCAGUCUUAUGAGUGAUUUACAUGUGGUUCGAAACCAAUUAAUUGAUACUGUAAAUUUGAGUGCCAUUUCAAACUUUACUUUACGGGACCGAUUUAGGAAACAACCCAUAUUUGAAACUGAAUUACUGAGUAUAUCUCCAAUUAUUUCACCCAGUUCCAGGUUUUCUGCGAACGAUACCUUUAAAGAAAUGCGGGAUACCUAUGAGAAAUGUCUUGAUGACGUCUCCAAACCUCAUGUGUUUUUAUUGGACGGGGAAUCGGGUACAGGUAAGUCUUAUUUGGUAUCUCAUCUCAAGCCACUAACUUUAGAGAGAAACUUGUUAAUUUGUGAUUGGUCCUUUGGGAAAGAACAUGAUGUUCUGGUGAUCUCAACAUAUACCAGUUUUGUUCAUGGUUUAAGACAAAUUAUCUCCCAAAUAAUGGGACAACCUAUGGAAGCCAAACGAAGGUGGAAAAAAUUAAUACUUGACAACUUACCGUUGGACGGUGGAGUUCUUUUUUAUAUGUUCCCUGAUUUGAAGGAAUUCUUGGGUCCUCAAUAUUCCAAUUUGUAUAAUGGAAUGGAAGAUGAUGAACAAUCACAGGGCCCUCAUCAGCAACAACCUAUGUCGGACCAAGGAGAACAAUCUGCAUCAGACUCUGAAAGUCAAUGGAAUGACGUAAAGAAUAAUGGCUUGUCUAAUAAGGAAUCCAAAUUACGUUAUGCUAUAAAAUCACUUUAUCUCUUAUUUGUGAUUAAUGGGUUAUCGAUCUUUUUAGAUGAUUUCCAUUAUUGUACUCGAGAUCAAUGGUCAUUCAUCUAUGAAUGUUUUGAUUAUUUCCAACAAAAUACCGAUGAAUUCAAGCUCUGCAUGUUUGUGGUUUUCAACAAGAAGGAACGUCCACCAUCUUCACUUGAUGUUAUUAGCAUGGAUGAGCUUCGAGGUGCAACAAAGGCGUUGGAGGCAGAUGUUCAUGAAUUCCAUAUUGGCUUGAGAACAAAGGAAGAGCUCCGGACUUAUUUAGAAGAUGUGGGGGCCAUGGUUCCAGAAACAGAAAAGGGACUUAUGUGGAAGUCAUCUUGGGCAAAGAUAGAGAAAUCCAACCAAUCAAUAUUGGAGAACGUGUACAAGAUCACUAAGGGGAAUUACUUGGAUGCCAGAACUUUGAUAAGGGGAAUUAUUCUAAUGAACAAGGUUGAAGUUUGUCCAAUUCAAUAUUUAAAUUCUUGGAAUAAUCAAACCAACUAUAAGUUUUCACCAAAGACAUUGAAUUUUGCAACUCAAGGUACAAGUGAUCUUCGACUUUCUUCCUUAACAACUGUUUAUUUUGACUUCAAUUUUGACGAAGAAGUUGUUGCCUCUUUUUCCCAAGAUUCUUCUGAAGCUUUCAUUGAGUUGUCUAUCCCCAAAGACAAUUAUCAAACUUAUAUUGACGUCUUGAACUUUGCAUGUAUCAUAUGUGAGAACUCUAUCUUCUCACUAAAUGAUUUAUCAAUUGCUUGCAAUCUUUCAAUUGGGGAAGUAUUCAAAAUUAUGAAUGUGUUGAUUGAAAGACGGAUUAUUAUGUCCAAUAGUAUUUACUAUAAGAUUCCAUUCCACAGAAUUUCAGAAGAUGAAAACUUUCCAUUUGAUUUAAGUGAUUCUGAAGUUUGGCAGCUUACUAAAUAUGCCACUUACAGUUUUGCUUAUCCAGCUUUAAGAUCAUAUUUCUAUUCAAAUCUUGAAUCCACCAACCAGUUGGCAAAGUAUCACAGACUAGCUGGAUUAAGGUUCUUUAAAACUUGGAAGCAUGAUCCUUCUUUACCCAUUUUGAACUACUUCGCUAUGGCACAUCACUUUUAUAAAUCGUGGACUGCGGUGGAGUGUCUAAAAGAGAAGGAAAUAUACUAUAAAGUGUUUCUAAAAGCAGGAAAACAUGCCAUGUCCAUAUACAGCUUGAAGAUGUCGUUAAGAUAUUAUGAAUUAGCAGGCAAAUUUGUUACCACUAUCGAUCCUAAAAAUAUGUUGUCGGUAAACCUGGCUAUAUGUCAGAAUAUGUUUUAUUUGGGACAGUUUGAAGAUGCUUUAAAGCUCAUAGAUCAUGUGGCACUGACUUACAACAUUGACAAGUCUUUGGCUGUUAUCACCAGAAUUAGAUGCCACUUCAAGUUGAACAAUUCCACUGAAGCCAUUUCCAUUGCCGUUCACGAAUUAAAGAGAUUAGGUUUAGAAGUUAGCACGGACCCUGAAGAGUGUAAGGAGAUUUAUUCCAGACAUAUGAAGAAAUUGAUAUUAUCCGUCAAUGAAAUCCGGAAGUUAAUGACUUUGAAACGAACAAAACGGUCUUCAGUUAUUAUGGCUUACGAAAUCAUAUCUGAAAUUAUAGCUCCCUCCUAUGCUCUUGGUAAGAAUGAUCUUCGGAAGUCCAUUGUCAUUCAAAUUAUCUCUUUGAUGACAUCAAGAGGUCUGUCACCUCAUUGUGCUAUACCUUUGAUUGAUCUUGCAAAUACUAUGGCUAAGGAGAAUACCUCAUCAGGUUUCGUUCAGGCUAAGGAGUUUGCACAAGUAGCCUUAUCAUUCUUACUGGAUUCCAAAAAUUUACCUUAUUCCUUUGUCCAAAGUGUUUAUGAGGCUUACAUCACGACCUUAGCAGUGUAUGUUGAUCCCCUUCCAAAUUUAACUAAUGUUUUAGAGCUCUCAAUGAUAACGCCUUCACCAUUUGUUAACAGCGGUUCUUAUGGUAUGGAGUUUAUGAUGUCCUUCAGCAAGAUGGAAUAUAGAUUUUUAGGAGGCACCUCUGCCGUUUCCUUCUUGACCAAUUAUGCCAAAUCUUUAGGCAUGUCCAGUAACUUUAUUUCAGAUAUGAUAAAUUCAUGUUUGAAAUUGUUCAACGGUGAAAUGACAUUUGAACUGUUUUCGGAUAUUUUUGGUCAGUUAGAUGAAAAGCCAACUGAUUAUCAAUUGGUCUUCUAUAUGGUUACUUUGCUAUACUUCCAUGAUACCGGGAAAUUCGAGCAAGCAGUGACAAUGGUAUUGGAUUUCUUUUAUGAUUUGCUCGAUCUGUUUUUGAACACCACUAUCCAUGUUCAUGGCUACUUUCUAAUUGCUUUAGUUAUCCAGGGGUCUCGUAUUGACAACCCUGAAACUUAUAGUGGAGCUAGAAAGGAUAUCUUUGAAGAUAUCUAUCAAAGAUUCUGUAUAUGGCACGAAGUAUGUCCAUUGAACUUCAAAUCAAAGCACUUAACAUUGACUGCCUUGCGGGGUUCAAAGGAGACGCCUACAUUGGAGACAUUGGACAAAUUUGAAGAAGCCAUCGAUGCUUCUUUGUUAACCGGAAAUUGGUAUGACUCUGCCAUGGCUAAUGCUUGGUGUGCUCGUUGGCUUGUCACUGAGGUACCAAAGAGUAAAAGAAUCUCACGGUAUCUCCAAGUAGCCAUAGCUAUGUUUGAGACAGCUGACUACCAUACUUUCUCCAAAAGUCUUACUACCCAGUUUAGAGACUAUUUGAGCGAUGACAAGUAUACGUGGGCCGGAGUGGCGAACAAUGAACCUUUAUCAAGUACAGGCACAGGAACAGGCACAGGCACCGUUGCUGUAAGUCCGUCACAGUUGACAGCAAUCAAUAACAUUACAUACAAUGAUCAUUCUAAUACUAAGAAACAGCACGACAUUAUUUUGUCUGCUAAGAUUCCAGCAGCUAAGGAGUCUAAAAGUGAUGUACCAACCUCCAAGAGAGGAGUGCACUGGGCUGAUAAAGAGUAUGAAAUUACAGAAAGUAUGUGGGAAAAAGCUGUUGAGGCACGGUUAAGUUUAUCUGAAUCUGAAGACAUUUCUGAGAUUGUGGUCAAACUAUUGAAGAGUACCAUUAGCUUUGCUGGAGUAGAAUAUGGUGUGGUUGCCCUUAAUGAGAAUGAUGAGAAUAUCAUUGCAGCUAUUGGUACUUCCAAUAGUGUCCAUGGAUUACGUGAACCUUUGCAUGGAAGACAUGAUUUAGCACCCCACACUGUUUUGGAAUACACUUUACAAUCAGGGAAGGCUUUUAAUCUUGACAAGGAUUAUAUGACGUUCAAGAAUAGAUUUGCCCUGGAUCUAUACUAUGCUACAAACAAGUGCUCCAGCAUGUGUUGUAUCCCACUUGUGAACCAAACUGGGGUUUGUGGGGCCAUAUAUUUGGAAUGCCAGCUUGAAAACAAGCCAAGGUAUCCCUUCUUUGGCUCCCGGAAGAUGAACAUGUUGAAACUAUUAGCUACCCAGGCGGCUGUAUCGUUAUUGAAAGUAUCUCUUUAUGCUCAAAUGGAAAUAGCAAAACGAGCAGCUGAAGAUGCUACUUCAGAGAAGGCAAGUUUCCUUGCAAACAUGUCACAUGAAAUCAGAACUCCCUUCAACUCGUUACUUUCAUGUUCUAUAUUCUUAUUGGAUACGAACUUGACCAGAACACAGAAGGAAUAUGUGGAAACGAUUCGAGAUUCAGCGAUGGUAACGUUGAAUAUUAUAGAUGGGAUAUUAUCGCUUUCUAAGAUGGAACAUGGGUCCUUUGCAUUGGAAACAUCACCAUUCCUUGUUAACGAAUGCAUUGAAAGUGCUGUUCAAUUUGUUAGUGAGCAAGCCAACUCCAAGAACUUGGAAUUGGUCUUCUAUAACAAAUGUCCUGAAAUUGAGUUUAUUAACGGGGAUGUCACCAGAUUCAGACAGAUUUUAAUCAAUUUGGUCGGGAAUUCAGUCAAGUUUACAGAGUAUGGUCAUAUCAUCGUGGAAGUGGCUGCUGAACCUUUAAUUCACGACAGAUAUCAAUUAACCAUAUCUGUUAAGGAUACGGGGAUUGGGAUUCCUGAAGAAGCUCGGAAUAAAGUGUUUGGUGCAUUCUCUCAAGUAGAUGGAUCCUCAAGAAGAGUGUAUGGUGGUAGUGGACUUGGAUUAGCUAUUUCUAAAAGAAUCGCAGAAUUAAUGGGUGGUGAAUUAUCAUUUGAAAGUGAAAGCGGUGUUGGUAGUUCAUUCUAUUUUAUAUUGAAUGUUGAAGCCAAAUUAAGGCAAGCUCCAGAAUUCACUCCACAACAAGUGCUGACUAUCGGGAAGGUAUUAAUUUGCGAUACUCACGAGUUUAUACGGGAAGACUUGAGAAUCACUCUUAAGAAUUGGGGAAUUGAGGCAUCUGUGGUUGGAAAUCUUAAUGAAAUUAGAGAGAACUUAGAUGAGUUUUCUAUUGCCUUUAUUGAUAGUGGAUCAUAUGAUACCUUGAAGAAACAUGAUAACCUUAUAAAAGGAAUCAAGUAUAUGACUGCGCCUUUUGGAGAUAUGGCCACUGCUAAUGAUAACUUUGUUGAUGAACAAGUUAUUCUAACUUUCCCCUAUCAUGAUGCUAAGGUAUUGGGGUUGUUGAAAGAUUACUUGAAGUCAAAGGAAUUGUCAUCUAUUGUUACUAAUGGGUUGUCGCUGGUCCAAGGUAUGACCAUCUUACAACUCCCUACGCCUACAGACGAUGAUAGUGUACAGUUCACAUUAUCUACUGGUGACAGUCUCAAGGAUGUACUACCACCGCCAGAAGUUGAAGCACCAAUUAUACUUAAGCUUGGCGAAAGGUACCCACUUCGAAUCUUACUAGCAGAAGAUAAUUUCAUCAACACCAAGGUAGCUACUCAACACUUGAAAAAGUUUGGUUAUCAAGUAGACCAUGCUAAAGAUGGUGUGGAUGCCUUGGAGAAGCUAUAUGCCCUUUUGGAGAAGGAGCAAAAAUAUGACAUUAUAUUCAUGGAUAUUCAAAUGCCUAGAAUGGACGGUAUAGCUGCUACCAUUGAACUUCAAAGAGAAUUAAAGGCUAGACAUUUAGAAGCUUAUCUACCUCAUGUUGUAGCUUUGACAGCUAAUGUUGCUGGUGAAGAUAGAGAACGGUCACUUGAAUGCGGAAUGGUAGAUUUUAUAUCUAAACCGAUUCUACCAAGUGAAUUAGAAAGAGUGCUCACCAAGAUAGGAAAGACUGUUUACAGUGAAUAG